GUGUGUGCGACCUGGCCAGCGAGGGGAGUCAACUUACCAUCAUGGGCAGAGAUACUGACUCCGGGAGUGGAGACGGACUGGUGGAUCCAGACGCACCGAGACCUCAUCUGCCGGACCUGGUCACCCACAGGACACCACUGACUCAGCUGACAGUGGAGAAUGUCCGUCAUCAUGAUCAGUUAAUGCAGGGGCAGGAGCAGGACUCUGCUGACCCAAAAGUGGCCAAGACUGGCAUUCUCAAGGGUGGUAAACUUUGGAAGAACGGUGACAGCAAAAAGACGAAAGCCAAAGUAGAGGAGGAGGAGGUGGAUGAGCCACGGCGCUCAGUGAGGUUCUCUGGGAGGGACGAGUACAGUCUGUUGGAAAACCUGCCACUGGACAAGAUCCCCUUAGAUGCUGCAAAUUCAGCUGCACUGGCCAAGUUCAUGCCAAAGCUAAGGGAGCUGGGAAUGUUGCUUGGGGAGGGACGCGAGGACUGGCACGUAGAACUCAGCCCCAUCAAGCCAGAACCUGAUGGUGGGGCUGGGUUAGCCAACCCAGAUACAUCAUUUGAGGACCACCAGAAGCAGCUUCCGCCGCAGAUGGAUGACGAACAAAUCAAAGAAUCUAUGCAGCGCUAUGAUGAAAUGCGACGCCGAAUUGCUGCAGCUGAGGGUCGUGACAACACUAGCAUCUGCAGUGAUGAAUCAAAAAGUUCAUCUGAUUCCCAAUCAUCAGAUUCAACUAUGACUGAAACGAGAAUUCGAAGGUUAGAGAAUGCUGAUGUGGCACAUGUAGCAGGUGGGGUCAUGAGAAGUAACAGUGAAGUUAGGAGAGCCAUUGAGCGUAAUGCUCUAAGACGAUCCCUCAUUCGUUUUUCUGAUCCUCGGAAGAAAGAUACAAACAAGAAUGACAGAAAUGAUAAGGGAGAAACAUCAUUGUUAGAAAAGCUGAAGUGGCUGACAGCUUCAGAAGAUGCAACUAAUGGAAAUUCUGAGCACAAAGAUGAUGAUGACAAGGACCAGGAGGGUGAGGAGGACAGAGAGGAGAGGGAUCUCUGUAAAUCUCUUGACCCCAAGGUACAAGAGACCAUUGCUCAGUACCGCAAAUUGGCAGAGAUGUUCAACAAAACCACAUCACUGCGUGCAACUGACAUCUUAGUACCACGCGAUGUUCGAGAAUGGAAGCUUCAAUCAGACCUUUUUCCAGACCACAAAGGACCAUCACUAGAUUCUGAAAGUGAUGAACUAACUGAGACUCAUUCUGGAUCUACGACACCUACAGUUUUCCAGGCCAUCCCAGCUGUGUCCAUCGCAGAGCUUAUCGCUGAUGAAGAAAACGAUAAACUAAUUUACAGCGGUGGUGUAAGAUAUACCCGAGAGGGAACUUUGCCAACAGCCUUAGAGGGGGGUGAGGAACAAGAAGAAGGUCAGCAGGCCCCAGCUUCUGCAACUUCAGCUUCUGAUGCAAGGAAGCAGUUCCUCUCACAGAUGUCGAGUCAUGCAAGUGUGCCACUUAUUAAUGGGGUCUCUGCUCAUCCAGGAGAUCGCUCUUCACUUGCAUCGAAUUCAGAUUCAUACACUUUUGACGAUAUUGAUGAAGCUCUGCAUGAUGACCGCUCCUCAUCUGUGCCUUCCUCUUCACAGUCAUCACCUCGACUGUCGGGGAAAAGUGAUAUGGAUGGGACAAGCACAACAGAAAGUGGCUACAGCAGCAAUGAAACAAAUGGAGAGCUGUGUCCAGUGAAUGGUCUGCCAAUGAGUGGAGCACAAAUUCUUGGAUUGCCACCUGGUGGUGUUGACAUAGAUGAGCUAGCCGAAUUUGUGCGCCAGGAUGCUGGUCGAAUGGAGCGCCUCCGUCGCCGUUAUGAUGCUGGGGAACUAGAGGAUCAUGGUUUCAACAGACGACCAUCAGUACGGGGUAUUAAGCCUCGAUUUGGAUCCACUACUGACCUUUUGAAGCAGAUGGCAACACAGCUAGCGCCCCCUACCAUGGCUCAACCCGGUAUGGCUGGAUCACACAUGACCUGGCCAUAUCGGGACGUAGGGGAUGAGGAAUCUGGUCCCCCUCCGCGACGUCGGGCAGCCCCCAACAGAGCAGUUCUUCCUGCACUGCAAGAAGAUAUUCUCUAUAUACCUACAUCUGACCUUUCCCCACAAGCAGCUCCUUUAUCUUCUACUUCUGAAACUACAGUUACUUCUCUCACGCACACCAAGGCACCGCGUGUUGUCCACGUGUAUGCUAGCACAGGAGACUUAAGAGCUCCACCACCACCACGAUUGGCAGUUCCAAGAGAAUCCCCUCCACCAGAUUUAAUCCGACCUGGCGUUGCUCCAGUACCUGUUCGAGCACACAGUCAUUCCUCUUUGUCUCAGGCACCACCAGAUGGACCCCUACAGGGCAUGGUGGUUGCUCCACAAAUGCCCACUCCAGUUGUACAUGAACACCAUUACCCAACUUGCAGAAGGCCUUCCUCAGUGCAUGGUCAUUUGCCUCCAGAUUCCUUAGUGACCAGGGGUGUACUUCCACCUCCUGUGGCUCGACCCCAUUCCACACUUUCUCACUAUCCAAACCCACGUGUCCCUGUGCACUACCAUCCAUAUGAAGAGCCACCACCAUCCCGUGCCCCAUAUGAAGGUAGCCAUACACCUCUAGCCCAACGUGGGUCUUACCCUGGCACCAUCCCUGCCCCAAUUCCUUCCUCACAUUACCAACCUCCCUUAAUCCCUCAUGACCCAGCAAGAUAUCCUAAUCCUCCUCCCUAUGGUUCCCAGCACCCACAUUCACGACCACCAAUAACAUCACCAAGAGAAGGAACACCUUACAUACACACAGCACAUCCGCAAGUGCACUCUGUGCCUCAGGUAUCCUCUGUGCCCCUAGGACCUGUACAAGUGCACCAAUGUGGACCAAGACACCCUCCUCAUGCCAGACUAGUUGGUGGAGGGACCGUCACAGACCAAGCAUGUUCUCCAGUUUGGUCUCAUCAACAACCACAGCCGCCUCACCCUCACAUUCACCAGAACUAUCUACCCCAUCCUGUGUCUAGUCACCUGAGCUAUACCACACCUAUAGUGCCAGAAAGCAUCACGGCGACACGACCUUCAGGACCUGUUGGGCCCCCAAUAGGUCCACCUAUCAUUAAUGGGAGUGUUGGGAAGCUUGAAGGGUUGAGAGAUGAACGAGGUGUUCCUGAAGGAGCGUCGUCUUCUCCUCGUGGCACUGUAGACCCUCAAUAUCCUCCCUCUCAUGGUUCACCAACCCAAGACACCACCCUGCUGCACCGGCACCCCCCGCCCGUCAAUAUGACCUGAGUGCUCCCUUCAGCACACAGGUAGCCAAGUGUAGUCAGGUGUGGUUGAUCCCUCACCCGGCCAAGUUCAGGACCCGGCCUUAAGCCAGUUCCAUCCCAGCACUGGCUGGUCCCACCCAGGUCCAGCCUUGUACAAGAGGAUGGUGACCAGCUGUGGCUUGUCAGUCACAAAUCUGCUGACAAGCUACAAUAUUAGAUAAAUGAAAAUGCUCAUUUACAAGAUGGUUUAAAAAACAAAAUGUUGUUUUAUAGUGUGAAAAUAUAGAGUUGCCACAUUCUCCUGUUGGCAAAUAUUCUUUUGGUGUCUUCCCGAGUGAUAUGUGAAAAAAUACACGUUGCCAAACUAUUCACGACCAAAUAUACUUGCCAAAAUUGUUGACAGUGUGCACACCACAAUCCUGAAACUAUUUUGUUAUGACAGUGAGGGGUAAAGACAAUCUUCCUUUUUUCUUGCUCUAGUAAAAACUAAUAACCUACUUAAUGUAUUAUAUAAAGUUUCCAGUAGGGUGCAUGUGACAAUAUGUAGAUGUCUUUUACAAUUGAUGUGAAUGGACUUUUUUUUAUUAUUAUAACAGGCAGAAUACUGAACCUUCCAAAGAAAUGGGAAGAGAAUAUUUUUUGUUAAGAUAUGCAACAGGUGAAGAUAUUUUCAGAAGUAUGAGUCAAGGUACAGUGAUGCUAUGCUAACAGUCAACCUCCCUUAAUCUUAUUCCUGAAACUUGAAUAGUGUACAAUAAACGUUUCUGUGCAUUUCCAUUAUUUCAAAGACAUAAAAGACAUCUAUAGCUCAUCUCAUUAAUAAAUCCUCCCAAAAACAUUAGAUACUUUUGAGUUACAGUUUGUUGGAGGACAUGACAAGGUGAGCACACCAUAUUUUUUACAGAAAGGUUAACAUUUACUUUACUGAGACUAUUAUAAAGAAUUUUAUGGCUUGAAUAUAUUUUUAUUACAACUUAAAAGUGAUUUUAUACUGAUCUGGCAUUUUCUCUUGGCAGAAAAUGUCUUGAUAAUUUAGCUUUAUGGGUCUUAGCAUGCAGCUGGUGUCCUGGUUCAUUGCUCCUGUCUUUUACAUUUUACAAGCAACAUAAAGAUAGUCUUCCAGGGUUUAAAUAAUUAAUCAGAAAUCAUUUAGAUUAUAAUUAUGACAAAUAAUAAUAUUUCCAUGAAUGAGACCAAAAAAUUACUCUCUGCAUUAUAUGAUAAUUUGAUGUUCUGAGACCAUGGUGGAGGCUACUUGAAGACACUUUUCAUUCUCUUGAGCACUUUUUUCACACUGUUUUCUUGCUUUAGAUGUCGCAGUAUUUUCCAUUUUAAGGAAAAUAGAGCUUGCGACACAAGUUACAUUGGUUAUUGCCUUCUUUGACUGUGCAGUUGUGCAGGUGCAAAGAGGAAUCAUUAACGGCUGUACGAUACCAAUUUAUUUUAACACACAGACGAUUAGCUAACAAAAACAUAUACAGUACAGUACAGACAUCCAGAAAAACUCAGUGAUAAAAUAUGUACAGUAUUGGUUUCUGUUUUAGGCCCUUUAACUUCCACAAUGAAGAUAAAUGUUUUUUGACAUGCAGUAGAGAAAUACAGUAUUGUUGAAAGGUCUUUGUGGAAUCAUUAGCUCAAACUGUAGGCAUGUGUAGAGUAUGACUCACUUGUAUGUAUAACUUGAUCUUGCUCUUUCUAGCAGUGGCAGAUAUUCGUGGAUUUUGAUAAAAGACCACUUGUUCUUAGAUACUGUAUAGUGUAAAUACACUGCUCAUUUUUAUAUGCAUUCAUAUACUUUUAAAACUAUAGCAUAAUCAAAAUGUGAAAAUCAAUAAUAGUUAAUGAAGGUAAUGUUAACAGAUUUGUUUAAACACCCGCUGCACUAUUAUGAAAUUGAGGAAGUAGAAGAGCAAGUUGGAAAUAAAAUAACAGUGUUCUUAAUUCCUUUUACUGCACUGUUAUUCGACAGUGCAGUAUAUGAACUGAAAUUUUUAAAGCAUCACAUGAAAUCCCUUGAGAAUUAAGACUGCAAUAAUUAUUCAAGUAUUCUUAUGCACACUAUUACUGUAUAGACCCUAGUUAUUUUUCUUCCAUGAAUGAAGUUUAGUAUUGUUUGUAUAAUUAAUCAAUGACGUUUAAUAUUUUGGGAUACAUAAUCAAACACAGAACCAAAGACUAGGUUUAGGAAAAAAUCAUAUACAUAUAAUUUAGUCUUGUAGGACAGACCAAAGUUAUUGAACCUUCCAACACUUCUUUAUUGUAAGGAGAGAAGGUUAACAUUUCAAAUGGUCUGUGAACAUUUCAAAAGCUCUGUGAAUGCUUUGGUAUAGCUACAGGCAUCACUGUACCUAUGACACAGACAUUGUUAUUCAGAAAGUAAACCAGGGCUAAAAUUUCCAGUAUAUAUAUAUAUAUAUAUAUAUAUAUAUAUAUAUAUAUAUAUAUAUAUAUAUAUAUAUAUAUAUAUAUA